AUGGCAGUUGUCAGCGAAAGCGGCCUGAAGAAAAAUCUGAAGCAAUACAAAUAUAGAGAUCUGACAGUUCGUGAGAUAACCAACGUCAUCUCCCAAUACAAGGACCUGAAGCCGGUUAUGGAUGCUUAUGUGUUUAAUGAUGGUUCAUCGAGAGACCUAAUGAGCUUGACUGGGACUGUCCCUGUGAGCUAUAGAGGCAAUGUCUACAACAUCCCUGUGUGUCUGUGGUUGCUGGACACGUAUCCCUAUAACCCUCCGAUAUGUUUUGUAAAACCUACCAGUACCAUGAUGAUCAAAACAGGCAAGCACAUUGAUGCCAAUGGCAAAAUAUACCUGCCUUACCUGCAUGAGUGGAAACAUCCUCAGUCAGACCUGUAUGGUCUGAUUCAGGUGAUGAUUGUCGUGUUUGGAGAGGAGCCCCCAGUGUUUUCCCGUCCCACCACACAGCCCCCCUUCCCAAGUUUUCAAGCAGCUGGACCCCCUAACUCUUCCUACAUGCCUGGGAUGCCUGCAGUCUCGCCCUAUGGGCCGAAUCCUAAUCCAGGAGGUUACCCAGCUUACCAGUACCCAGCGGGAAACGCUUAUCCUGCCACUGCUGGACCUGCACACUAUCCAACCCAGACUCCCGUGUCCACUGUGGGCCCAACCAGGGAUGGCACCAUUGGCGAAGACACCAUUCGUGCAUCUCUGAUUUCAGCCGUAAGCGACAAACUUCGCUGGAGGAUGAAGGAAGAGAUGGACCGGGCUCAGGCAGAGCUGGAUGCCCUGAAGCGAACCGAGGAGGAUCUGAAGAAAGGCCAUCAGAAGCUGGAGGAGAUGAUCUCCAGACUCGACCAGGAAGUGACCGACGUUGACAGGAACAUCGAUCUGCUGAAGAAGAAGGACGAGGAAUUAACCGAAGCCCUGGAGAAAAUGGAGAACCAAUCGGAGAAUAACGACAUAGACGACGUCAUCGUGCCCACAGCUCCGCUCUACAAGCAGAUUCUGAAUCUGUACGCGGAAGAAAACGCAAUCGAAGACACGAUCUUCUACCUGGGAGAGGCCCUGCGCAGAGGCGUCAUAGACUUGGAGGUUUUCCUCAAGCACGUACGCCUCCUGUCCAGGAAACAGUUCCAGCUGCGAGCGCUCAUGCAGAAAGCUCGUAAGACGGCCGGCCUAAGUGACCUGUACUGACCCACAACGAGCGCUCGGAACCGUGCAUACAUUCACACUCCUCCUCCUCCUCUUCCUGCUGUUUAUUUCCUUUAUACGGUCCUCUUGUAUACCAGCCAGCUGCCUUUUUUUAUAACCGAAAGAGCAAGAAAAAGCAUUUCUGAAGAAUUCUGUAAUGUCUUUUCUAUUUGGCACCGUGCUAGGUCACAAACACAACUCAAAUGAUCAGCAAUGACUUUGAGUCCAUUGGGGGGGAGAAAAAAAAAACUGUCCUCUUUGUGAAUUUCGUUGUCUUGGGAAGUUUCUUGACACGCGUGAGAGAGAUGUGUAAUAUGAGUUCAACCCUGUUGUGUGCACAGCGCAUGCAGCUUUUACGACAAUAAUGUUGAUGCUCCUACUGAAGUUGGUUCAAACCUAAGCUGUAUGGUGAUUUGUACGCAGCAUCCUGCACUCCUUCCAUUUCUAAAUUCGGUCUUCUGGUGGACUAGAUAUUUUGUCCAGUUGGCACCAAUAUAGUACCGAUGAGUAGACAUGAUUCUAAACCAGAAACACCCAGGAAAGAUCCUCCAAAUGACACGAGCCAAGCCUCAGGAUUUAUGCUGUUUUAAGUUUCGGGUCAUGUUUAGUAAUCUUGGAGCCAUAGGGAUUGUUUUUUACACUGCGGGGGGUCAUGACCUUCGUGGACUUUCUGUCGUCUUAUGGGUCAGGCACCAAGCUUCAGUUUUAGCUUCAAAGUGUCUGAGCCUCUCUGGAUUUUCCCCCUUCCGAUAGUCCAAAGGUAUUAGGUUCUCUCUCUCUCACCGGCCCAGGCUUACACUUCAGUCUGGGUGCUUUGAACAGUCAGUUAAGUUAAAUAGUUGUUUCACUUUGUACAGCCUUGGCAUUCGUGAUAUUAAGGUGUUACAAAGGAUUACUUCGUUCUUUUCGUUCGUUUACUCUUCAGUUGUACCUACCUGUCGGGGAGAGCAUUUGGUUUUCAUUCAAAAGUUGUGAAUAACGUUGAGGGCUAAAAGGGUACAAAAAAAAAAAGAACUAUUAAACUAAUCAAUAUGUUAAGUUAUGUAAAGUUUUGUCUUUUAAAUUUAGCCUUUUUACUAAAUGCACUUUGAAUUGUAUCAUAGAACCUUAUUUUUCUUGUUUUCGAAUUCAACUGUAGACCGUAUCUGUAGAUUUAUGUAAAGCAUUAAAAAUUAAAGUUCUGAUUCAAUUGUC